AUGCAAAAAGCCAAGCUACCCGUGCGGCAGCUGGUCAUUCUAUUCGUCUUCACCUCCGUCCUGCCCUACUUGCCUGAACUCAUCGAAUAUGUCGGUGUCCCACAAAUCGAGGUCGCCAAAUGGGCCGGCAUCUCGUCCGCGGUCGCAUCCGUGAGCCAGGCCAUCAUGGCCGUGCCCUGGGGCGCCCUAUCCGACUACGUGGGUCGCAAACCGAUCAUUUUGUCAGGCCUGACCUGCACGAUGCUGAUCUCCAUCAUGCUGGGCAUGUCACAAACCCUGACGAUGGUGCUAAUCUCGCGCGCCUUGGUCGGCCUGAUGAACGGCAACGUGGGCAUCCUGCGCACCAUGGUCGCCGAGAUCGUGCCACAGCGGGAACUGCAACCGCGCGCCUUCAGCCUUAUGCCACUCGUCUGGACGAUUGGGAGUAUCUUCGGCCCCGCGUUUGGAGGGGGCUUUGGCGCGCCCGGCGGAGAAGCAUCCCGAAACUAUCCGUUUGCUUUGCCGAAUCUUGCGUCUGCUUGUGUCUUUAUCGUCGGUAUUACGACGGGAUUCUUGUUUCUGGAGGAGACGCUAGAGACGAAGAAGGACCGGUAUGAUCCUGGACUUGCACUAGGAAAGGCACUUACGAGACCCUGCAUGUCGCGCAGGCAGCGUCAGGCCGAGCUGAAGGGCUUGGACGAGGAGCGCACGGCUUUGCUUCCCGGUGAAACACGAGUCCAGAAGAAAAUCAAGAAGCCUGUCACCCGGCCGAGCUGGUCGCAGAUCUUCACACCCCAGUCUAACCUGAUUCUUCUAUCAUAUACACUCGUGUCAGGACUCGGCAUGGCCUUUGACUCGGUCUUCCCCGUCUUCCUGCACUACCCUGUCCAGGACCUCCACGAUAAUCCCAACGUGCAGCUGCCCUUCAAAUUCGCCAGUGGUUUUGGCGUUGACGCCCCUCAAAUCGGCAUGUUCUACACCCUAACCGGCGUCAUCGGCAUGUUCAUUCAAUUCCUCUGCUUCCCACCCGUAGUAAACCGCUACGGCGCCCUAAACUGCUUCAAAUUCUCCACCAUCAUUCUCCCACUAAUCUUCUUCAUCACCCCCUUCACCGCACUUGCCCCGGAGAACCUCCGCAUCCCCGCAGUCCUCGUCCUGAUGCUCGUCAAACUCGGCGCAAUAGUCUUUGGAAUCCCCUGCUGCACGAUCCUGCUCACAAACUCCGCCUCCAGCAUGAUGGUUCUGGGCACUUUGAAUGGCGUGGGGACUAGUGUGAGUGCGCUGGGUCGUGCGGCGGGUCCGGCUUUGAUUGGGGCUGCUUUUUCGUGGGGUAUUAAGAAGGGAUAUGUUAUUGUGCCUUGGUGGUUGUUGGGUACGCUUGGGCUGGCGAGUGUUAUUCCUACUUUUUGGAUUGUGGAGCAGGAUGGUCCUUUUAGUGGACAGAAGGAAGAAGAGGAGGAGGAGGAGGUUUCGGAGGAGGAGCCUCGCGUCAAUGGAUAUGGUUCCGUUGCAGUGUCGGGGGAUUCUACGAAAAAGGUUACUCGCGAGGAUUGA